AUUUUUAUUUUAUUUGAACUCUUGUUUCGAGUAAUUUUUAUCGUGGCAGUAGGCCACAGAAAUCUGAUAGCCAUAUUUCAAGUAUUUUUGUCAGUUUGAAGUCGCAGCUAGAAGAUAACAAGCAUGUUUUCUCCAGUAGAGCUGGCGGAUAUUCACCUGUGCUACGGAUUCGCCAACUGUGUGGCAACGGCUGCUCAACAGGAGUAUGCUCGCAGGUUCCCCAAUCGGCGGCUGCCUAAUGCAAGAACCUUCACGACUACUCAUCGCCGGUUCCGGGAAGGAACAUUGUUUUCUACAAGACCGCAUGUGGAACAGCCCCGGCGAUCGCUAACACCGGCCAUGGAGAACCGCAUUCUGAAUAUGAUACGGAACGAUCCCAAAACCAGCACUAGGCGUGUUGCUGCGCAGCUUCCUGUAUCUCAUUGGAGCGUAUGGAACGUUUUAAACAAAGAGCUUCUGCAUUUUUGCCAUAGUACGUUUAUCUUCAUCUAGAAUGGUGUUUGAGUAAAUAUUUUUCAGAUAACAUGUUAGGAAAAACACUAACGCCCGUUUCAAACAUAUUUCUGACAUUAAACACGAUCAUCAUCGCUGAUUGAUGAUGAUCGGGUUCAAUGUUAGAGGUAUUUAGAU